CCAUCCGAACCGGGCCUUUGCGGAACAUCUUCAACCCGAAUGAGCGUCCCACCGUGUGUGAUAAGCAGUGUGAUCUUCUGAUCUCGCCCGACUGUCCGAUCUCCAGAGUGUCUGUCGAACGCCGUCCACCGUUUCCCGUCUACCGAUCAACCGUCAACCCAAACGAGCCAUCCUUAUCAUGUCCCUGAAGGUGCUAGUGUUGGUGGGUGUGGUGCUGAGUGUUUGUGCCGUUUGCCUGGAGGCAGCACCGCAGGCCGAAAAGUAUGAAGCAUACGAGUACAAGUACGAAGUGAAGGACCCGGAGAAGCAGCUUUUCUUCGACAAAAAUGAGGCGGGCGAUACGGCGGGCAAGGUGACGGGCCGGUACUCGGUCUGGCUGCCGGACGGGCGGCUCAUGACGAUCAAGUACAUCGUGGACAAGGAGGGCGGCUUCCAGCCGGAAGUCGACUUCCAGGAUAACGCGAACCCGCUGUCCGGUUAGUUAGCGCUGGAUCGAACGACGUCUGCCUGCCGAUACUGUAAACCCUCGCCGAUUUUUGUUUUACAAUGUGCCCGCAUGCUUGGAUUGGAGCUUGGAGGAUGGUGCCUGAUUGGUUUGCUUGGUUUAGCUUUUUUUUGGAAGGCAUUGGAGGGAUUAGGAUAUUUAAUUUAUAAACCACUGUGAGUCGCUACGUCCAUCAGCUAGGGUUGGAAGGAUAGGAUUAUUGUAAAUAAAGUUACCUCCUUUAGCGGUCCUGCCUGCAAGGUUCAAGUGAAGCGUCCGUUCUUUA